GAGCAAAUCAGCUACUACUAACUACAGAUUUGACAUGUUUUUAACACUAAGAUUAUAAACUAACAACAGGUUGUUGGUUUAAUUUGUUUUUAUUAGUCACCAAGCGGCAUGACUGCGCUUUUUACUCAGAGAAAACGCGUCUAAAACGUAUGCUAUUAUUAACUAAUUUAUGAAGGCAGCAGGGGUGUUCACGUUACCAUGGUAAUCUGGGGCGUCAUUGCGGUAAACGAAGCUGAGUGUGCUAUACAUCCAUGGUGCUGGCAUGCCAGGCAACAGUUUAGCUAGCUAAGUGCGUUUAGGACUUGGACUGUACACACCGCUGUAGCUGAACACAAGUAAACCAUCCGUAAAAGAGCCUUCAGACAUGGACAACUGUGAUUUGGAGAAGCUUUCACUCUCUGGUGGGACGCUCCAUCCAGCCUUCACACCACAAGUUAUAGACUACAAAGUGACAGUUGAGAGCAAUGUCGACAAAGUGACUCUGGACCUGAAUGCGAGUGACUGCGGGGCGUCAUACAGUAUUCUCUUUGGUGACGGUUCCAGUACCAUUAUACUGAAUGUUGGGAUAAACAGAGUAGAAGUUGAGGUGGUAGCUGAGGAUGGCACCAUAAAGAAAUACUGUGUGGAAAUCACCAGGCUGUCGGCAAAGAUAGCAGAACUCAGUAAUCUGGCUUUGGAAGGAGAUAUUCCACUUCAACCUGCAUUUUGCACCAAAAUCUAUGAAUAUAACAGUAUUGUUCCCUUUCAUUGUAAUGCUGUGACCCUGCUUCCCAAGGUGCCAGACAAAAACAUCAAAGUUACAGUGAAUCGAGAGGACAGCUCACAACCGGUCCCUCUGAAUUUUGGAGACACUGUGGUGGAGAUCUCAGUCUGUUCAGCAGAUGGCAGUAAUUCACAGGUGUACACAGUGUUGGUGACUCGAGAGUUAAUCCCCAUGGCUGUGACCUUCACUGAUGAGAAGCAGCAGCUGGACUAUGAAUGUCCAGUAUCUCUGACUGCUUUAUAUAGACCCAUAUCUAUCAACCACAGUGACCCAAAGCACAUCUUCUCAAGGCCUUAUAUCGAGAUGCUGGCACGAAGAUCAAAAGUCGACCCACUUAGCGAUUGUCCUCUGGGAGACGGCUGGAAGGUUGUUGAACUGGACCUUGACAGGAAGAUGUCUGCUGCUCGGGUCAAGUGUUUCUUUACUUACAGAGGAUGUGACAGUGUGAUGGAACUGUCUGAGCUGGGGUCACACUCUCUGGACUGUCCACACAAACCCACAGGGGACCUGGAUGCAAAGGAUGUGACAGAGACUGAUUGGUAUAAGCAGCACUUUGCAUCAUCCAGUUGUUUGGAGAUAGAGACUAAACACAGUUUGGAGGUGCGUAACUGGGAGAAAAGACUACAAAUGACAGUGGGAGAAGACAGUGUGGAUAAACUGUGUGCCUUGGCCCAGGAUAACACAAAGCUCUACUGGCAACGCCUGCCAAAGCCAGGGGAUGUGUUGCAGUAUGAGGAUGGCCAGUCUCCUCUGCAUAGCCUGGAGCAGGCUGCUGUCCACUAUGCAUCAGCAAUCAGACUCAGCUCCAGAGAAGCCAGACUCCACUUCCUGCUGGGUCUCGUUCUGGAGGAGCAGCACUACGCUACAGAGAUGUACGGCCUCCAGAGGAAGGUUGACAGAGACAGAGAUGAAUUAAGCGACGCCAAAGCAACAGCGUAUCAGGAUGACAUCCUGGCUGUGUGCAAGCUCCAUGGUUUCCUCGGCACGCCCACGGUGGAGAACCAGCUGCAGGCCUUGGAUAAAGAGUAUCAGCAGCUCAAAGAGCAGGGACAGUCCAGCAGAGGAGACUAUGUUCAGACACUCUACAUCUGGCUCUUCAAGAAAUCUGGCAAGAAUAGCAGUGCAGCCGUGCGGGAUGAAGAGAGCUGUGUCCACCGGGCCCUGAUGAAGUACCUGGAUGCCUGGUCUCUGAGUCCUGACAACUGGGAGUACAGCCUCCACAUAGGAAGGCUUCUGCUGCUGCAGGGGAGGAGCAGGGAAGCCCUGCAGCACCUCCAGAGCGGCCUGGCACUGCGCCCACUACACCCUGCUCUCAGAUUCUUCACAGGGCUUGCUCUGUUGCAGCAGGAGCAGAAAGCCUCUGAAGACACAGAGAAGGAGGCUGCUCUGUUCUUACAACAGGGACUGGAGCACUUUGUCAGCCAGCGCUGCAGCAAGAGCUGGAUGGACCAGGAUCCAUCAGCCCCUCUGUCCAGCAUUAGCACACAGUUCCUGCGAGGCCUUCUCACUCUGGGCCAGCUGCAACAGAGAAACACACUGUCUGAGAAGGCCUUGAGUGCAGAGCAGGUCUAUCACAUUGUAGCAGUGCUGACUGCCCAGAGUGUGAGUCAGUGUGUGUGUCGUGGCGAGAUAAUGGGGCAACUGGAGUGGGUGCUCCUGGAUGCUCAAUUUGCCCUGCUGCAGAGGCUGAUCGAGCAGGGUGAGCGCCAGGCCAAGGCGGGCAUCGAGAGGCAGUCCCUGGUGGCCAAGAGAUGCCAGUCCCUCACAGCUCUCAUACGCCUAACCUCUAUCGCCCCCUGUCAGGAGCUGCUGGACAUGCAGGAGAGGGCAUGCCAGCUGGCAGUGGUGACCACACCGCGGGACAGCCACGCCCUGUGUCUCUUGGGUCUGGCACAGCUGGCUCAAUAUGACAACAACCCAAAUUCCGACAGAUCAAAGGAAGCCAUAACAGAUGCCUUCCUUAGCUUCCAGGCCAGCAUUGAGCUGGAGCACAAGACUCAGAGCGGAGAGCCACUUAAACAGCUGAGCAAACAAAAGUGGUGGCAGGACCGGCAGGAGGCUGAAAACAAGAAAGCUGCGGGAGUGACCGGUGUGGCAAAGAGAGGAGCUCUGCGGGGCAGGGGACGACCUGGUCAAGGACGGGUGGCAGCAGCUGUAACCAAAGCUCCUGCUCCUACCCCCCCAGACCCCAUCAGGGGAGGGAAAGCUGCCCAGCCUCCAGCCAAAAUCCAUGCAGCCAGGGGAAGAGCUGGAGCAGCAGCAAAGCCAGAUAGAUCGGCUAAACCUUUCAACAAUGGUACACAAGGCCAGCUCCCUGCCAACAAGUCUGCUGAGACAGCGGAGGAGCCCGCUGUGGCAGACAAAGUGAGCGGGUCCGGUCCGGUGAACCGCAGGUCUCAUAACUCACGGCUGGGUCUGGCCCGUGCCCUCUCCCGCUCUGCAGACACCCAGGACCAGGCAAAGCAGCUCUACCAAGAGGUCAUCUCCAUGGCACCAGGGGUCCACGAUGCCUACAUUGAGCUCGUGCAGCUGCUGGAGCCAUCAGACCCUCAGGCUGCAGUGGAGGUGUACUGCAGAUUCCCUCUGAAGACUGUGGCCCAGCAAAGCUUCGAUGAUGCCUUCAUCACAGGAGAGAUCGUCCGCAUGCUGAUGACGCUGGAGCUGUACGACCACCCCCAGCUGGGCCCCAGCCUCGUAGCAUACGGCAAAGUCAUGGGCCUAAGUUGCAUAGACAAAUACAUCGACAUCUUGGAUGGGAAGUGUAUGACCAAGCUGCUGAAGAGUGUCUACGCACAGAUCCAUGACAGACAGGAGGACGAUCAGGAACUACAAGAUUUCUUCAAGUUCAAAUGCUGGACAUAAUAAUGCAUGUAAUUCUCUAACAAAUACCUGUAUUUAUUAUCUUUUUGAAUCCUUGAGUGACUCACAGUUUGCUUACUGUUUACCGAAUAGACUGGUGUUGCUCUAAAGACACUUUCUUUGUGCAUACAUAUAGUAAUCCUCUACACCUUACACCUGAUGUUAUAAAUAAGCCAUUUAUUUUAGACAAGAGGACACUGAGAAAAUGGUCAUCUUUUUCUCCAAAGGCACAUUUAAUUUGAAAACACUGAGUUAUCAAUAAAAAUGACUUAUCAAAA